AUGGAAAACAAUCUAUCACUUAAAGAAAAGAUCUAUAGGACUAUCCAUAUUCUAUGUUAUGAGAGAACUGAUAUCAAUUCCAAGUUGAUGACCGCUUGGUUUGGGCAUUAUGAACUAGGCUCAUAUAUUGCCUUCGAUUUGUCAUUUAGAGAGAAGAUCUAUAGGACCAUACAUAUUUUAAUCCAAGAGAGAGGUUCUAUUAUAUUCAAGUUGUUCAGCUUAUGGUUUGGAUGGUAUGACGGAGCCAUGUAUUACCACUAUAAUUUGUAUGAUAUAUUUAUCACAAGGCAAAUAUGGAUGUUUAAAAGACUUUUCAUGUUCCCAAUAGCGUAUUACACAUCAAUUAUAUUGAAUACUUUACAAAGACUAUGUGGUGAAUUCAAAGCACGGUUAAGUACAUGGGUUAAUACCAUAAACUUGGAUGCUGAAGAUGCUAUACACAAAACCUCUCAAAACGAUCAUAAAGUUCCAAACAUUUGUGAAGUGAAUAAUGUGUUCCCCAUGGAAAUUUGGGAAUUGAUUGCAAAUUAUGGUGAUUUAAAAACUUCAGUCAUGUUGAUGAUAAACAAGACAUUUUUUGUGACAUUCUCAUCAAAACUUUAUAAUACUUUGCAUUUAACAAUAGUUCUUAGUAAACUUACCAAAAUGAAACUUAAUGAUGAGAAUUUUUUGAAAUAUGGUCCUGAUGUAUUGAAUACACCAUGUGAUUCAUAUUCAAUCUAUAAAAGAAACAAGAUUAGUAAAUCUUUUGAUUAUGAAUUCUUGGAUACUGAAAUUGUUCCAGAUCAGACACUCAAUGAUAAACUUGGUGAAGGUUUAACUGAAGAGCAACAUGAACAUCCGAAGAGUAAGUUUAGUAUCGAGAGAGAUAAUAUACCAACAGAGGUUAGAAGAUUUUCUGAGAUCAAUCAUAUUAUUAAAAGUAUUAUUCAUAAUCCAAACUCAAAAAUGAAAUGUUUCAUCAAAGAAGUUCUUAUUGAUAUCUGUAUUUUGGAUGGAUCGAUAGAACUUGUUGGAAAGAACACUGGAGCUCUCAAUUUAAUCCGUGAAUUAAUGACAGCCAAAAAUAAAGAUAUUAUAAGAGCUUCAAGCUCGGUAAAUGGUAGAAACAAAGUUAUACCUGUUGAUGACAAUUUCCAAAGGAAUAGGUGGAGUGAUCCGAUUGAGUUAAUUACAAAAUGUGACCGAUCCUCAAAGAAAGCUUAUACUGCAACCAGGAAACCAAAAAUACUCGAUAUCUUCCCAUCCAAAAUUUAUUACAAAGAACUUUUAAUUGUUUACAUGCUUUCAAAAAAUAACUACUCCAGUAAACUAAGAAGAAGAUUAUUUUACGUCAAAAAUAGAGAACAUUUGAACAAGUGUAAUCCUGUUCGAUACUGGGAAAAACAAAUGAAACUCAAAUCAACUCCAAUCCAUAACAAUUUAGAUUUAAACUCACGCCAAAAGAUGACAUUUAACGCGCAACUUUGUGUUGACAUCAAAGGUCGAGAAUUUAAGACGAAAGCAGAUACCGUUGAAUUUUUACAAGAUUUGAUUGAAACUUUUAUUAAUCCAAAUUAUAUUAAAACAGGUGACUUCAACGCUAAAUCAUCCAUCUUGAUUACAGGUCCCUGUGAUAGUAAACCACAAAUGACUCACGAAUUCACUAGAAGAGCAAUAUUUGGUGGUGAUGGUUUGGUUAAUUAUGACAUGUUUAUGAUACUCGUAAAUAAAGCUUUUCAUAAAAACAAGGAAUAA